AUGAAGGAGCUUCUUACCAAAAAGAGGAAUUAUAUUGAAGCAGAAACCAUUGAAGUUCAAGGAAAUUGUAGUGCCAUCAUUCAAAAGCUUCUUCCACCGAAGUUUAAAGACCCUAGUAGUUUUACUAUCCCAUGCACUAUUGGGACGUUAGCUAUUGGGAAGGCUUUGAUAGAUUUGGGAGCAAGCAUCAACUUAAUGUCUCUCUCUAUGUUCAAGAAGAUUGGAGAGUUGGAAUUGAAGCCUACUCGUAUGACUCUCCAACUAGCUGAUAGGUCCACUAAAUACCCUCAUGGAGUGGUGGAAGACGUGUUAGUCAAAGUUGACAAAUCUCUCUUCCCGGUGGAUUUUGUCAUAAUGGAAAUGGAGGAGGAUAUUGACGUUCCUCUCAUCCUUGGGAGACCCUUCAUGAAAACCGCAAUAGUGCUAAUUGAUGUUGACAAUGAGAAACUCAAGGUGAGAGUGCAGAAUGAAGAAGUUGACUUCAAUGUUUUUGAAGCUAUGUCCCAUCCAAAUGAUGAUGAAACAUGUUUUCAACUUGAUGCUUUGGAUGAAGUAUGCUCUAACACUGAGAAAGUUGCUUACAUUUCAUCCGCUCUAGAGAAGACCCUUAUUGAUGCUUGUGAGGCUCUCAAUGAAGAGGAAGAAAAACUGAUUGAUGAAUGUUUGACUAACUUGGAUACUUUGAAGGAAAUCCCUCCUCAUGAAGUGAAGAUUGAAGAUUUAAAUGCCAAGGAGAAAGUCAAAGACGACAAACUUGAGUUAAAAAUGUUACCCCCUCAUUUGAAGUAUGUGUUUCUAGAAGAGGGUGUUAGCAAACCAGUUAUCAUCAGUAAUUCUUUAUCUUUCACAGAAGAAGCAAGGGCGCUAUUGGGUGGACAAUAUCUGAUCUCAAAGGGAUAA